CCCACUUAAAGCGAACUGGCAUCGCAACGGGGCUGAGGGGCUGCCCCCGACGUGUUUUAAACCUGAAUACCGUUUAGGUUUGGAUCCUACGCCUCGCUCUGUCACCGCCCGCCUGUCCGUCCUCCUGAUGUCGGAUUUCAAGCUCGGGAUCGUGCGGCUCGGCCGUGUGGCCGGGAAGACAAAAUACACACUGAUCGAUGAGCAGGACAUACCGCUUGUGGAAAACUACGCCUUUGAGGCGCGCAUGGAGGUCGACGCAGACGGCAAUGGAGCGAAGAUCUUUGCCUACGCUUUCGACAUCGGCAAAGGUCGCUGGGCGGGAAGGCCAUUGCAUGAGCUGCUCUGGGAGAAGCACAGAGGAGGCAUUGCCCCUAGUUUUCAAGUCAUCCACAUCAACUCUGUGACAGUGGACAACCGGCUAGACAACCUGCGGCUGGUGCCAGUGGGCUGGAGCCCCAAACCAGAGGAAAUUUCCAGCAAACAGAGAGAGCAGUCUCUCUACUGGCUGGCCAUCCAGCAGGUACCGGCCGACCCGGUAGAGGAGCAGUAUCUGGAGCUGAGCCGCACACGCUACUACAACGCUAACGGGGAGCUGGUGGAGGAGGAGGAGUGCUCCUGCACAUACUACGAGUGUCAUUACCCUCCCUGUUCACUCAUUGAGAGGAGGCUCCGGGAGUUCAACAUCUGCGGUCGCUGCCAGGUGGCACGCUACUGCGGCUCCCAGUGCCAGCAGCGGGACUGGCCCGCCCACAAGAAGCAGUGUCGAGAGCGCAAGCGGGUGCUGGCCCUGGAGUCGGAGCCCGAACGAUGAUCUGCCCUCAUCCUCGACUGGGAGAGGAGGAGGGAGAAAGGGGGGACAGGGUUUGACUUGUGGGAGGGGAACGGGGAAUGAAGUGCAAAAUGGGGGCAAAAGAGACUAAAGACAGAGGACAAUGUUGGUUGCUUGGUUGUUUGAUGGACUCGGGGGAGGGGGGGGCUGAGAAGAUGGAGGAGGGGAAGGAGAAUAAAACAAAAAGACAUCUGCCACUUCCCAGAACUGGUAAUUCUCCAUAGCUUGCUUUCAUGUGGAUGACGGGGAAAGGUAUUAUUUGUUUUGUUUUUUGUUUUUUUUGGGGGGUUUUUUCUUUAUUUUUCUCGAGGACAGAGGCCCUCGAGCUCUACCUGCUGCUAUGGUUUUUUAUGUGAGGGGGGGGGGAAAGCUGUCUCGUUGAUGAACUGGACAAGCUUCUUUAGGACCACAGUCGAACACGGACAGUUGUCGUCAUCCACUUUAGUUCCUCCACCCAGCCGCCGGGUGUGGUGACGUCUGUGCAAACGGGGGACCCAGGGGCUACAGUACCCUUCGUUCAGCUGGUACAAUGGGACAUGGACCUUUUCACUGUAUCGCUCCCUUUUCUGACCUCUCUGGUGCACACGGCUGCCGCCAUCACAGUCAUCGACACCUUAGCCCACCUCCCUGUUUGUCGUACUCUCCCCUCCGCAGACAACCACGACACACAUCAGAUAGAUUUCACUGAUUGAAUCACACUACCAGUAUUGUGUGUGUGUGUGUGUGUUUGUGUGGGAGCGUGUAUGUGCGUAUGCUUGUGUGUAUGUAUGUCCUGCCAAUAUGUGCUGAAGGACUUUUGAAAUGGUCAACACGGGCAAUGGGCAGGGUUUAAUGUAUGUCUUUUCUCUUAAAGGGGCCAUAUUACACAGUUUUAAAUGUCAUAUUUAAUCAUAAAUUGAAUUGAUGGGUUAAAAUAUUUUCACUGUUCUAUAAUAAAGUAGCUGCCAAAUAAAGGCUCUAAUUAUUUUCUAGAUGUUUUCUUGACCCAUUCUUUUAAUUGAUUUGAUCAGACAAAAUUUUAAUUGGCCAAAGUAACUGGAAGUAAAAAAAAUAGG